UUGCAGGAUAUCCUUGUCCAAAAUGCCACAUCGCCAAGUUUAACAAUCGACAAUCUGAACGCUCAUCAGAAGUUUUACUGCAAAGGAAACCCUCGAGUGGUGGUCGCUGCUCCGCCAACACUUGUGCCCAGCAUUCGUCAUGGAACAGCUACUGUUGCUGCUCCUCAGAACGUGAUUCUUGUGCCUAUCGCUUAUCAUGAGCAUCAACAUGAAAUGGUUCAGUUACUCGGUCCACCACAAACCAUAGUACCAGUGGCAAUAGGACGUCCAGCAGCUGCACAGAAUGGUGUUCCUCAGAUGGCUGUUCCACUCACGGAGCCGUUACUAGUUCAUCGCAGUCUUUGUGGUGUCGUGCGUACACCAACGAAGAUUCAGUUUGCUAUUGGUGAUCUCGCCGUUACGAUUCCUAUUGUACCCCUAGAAAUGAGCGGUUUGGCGGGAGGGCUCAAACGUACUAUGGAGCGACCAACAUCAACACCUCUUGACCUUUCUAAACGACGAAGAGAACCGGAGUCAGGCAGUUCGGGUUCAACAACACCGACCAAUAUUGUCAGGGUGAGUUUAACAUAG